AACUCAUGAGAAAUAGAAUAAAAUGGAAAGAAUGGACAGAGAAUUAUAUUCCAUAUUACUUAGUAGAAUAUUUAGGUGAAGAUAAAGUCAUAGCUUUAUGGGAAGCUUUAAACACAACUAAAUCCUAUUGGAGAUAUGAAGGCUUUGGCAAAACUAUAGUAUUAUCAUCUAUACUAGGUAAGAUAAUCGAAGCAAAUAACUCUACUAAAGCAUGUGUACUUGCACAUAGGGAUGAGUUGACUUAUCAGAAUCAAGAUAAAUUCCUUAAGAUAAAUCCAGAAAUUAAUACAUCACUCGUUAAUGCUAAUACAAAGGAUUGGGAUGGGCAGGUUAACUUUGCAAUGGUGCAAACUUUAAGUAGAGAGAAAACUUUAAACUCUAUGCCUAAGCUAGAUAUACUAGUUAUUGAUGAAGCGCAUCACUCUACUGCUAAAACAUAUCGAACAAUUAUCAAUAAAGCAAAAGAACUUAAUCCUAAUUUAAAACUGCUUGGAGUUACUGCCACACCAGCUAGAGGUGAUAAGAAUGGUUUAGGAAGAGUGUUCUCUAACUGUGCAAUGCAAGUAAAGCUUGGAGAUGUGAUCGGUGAUGGUCAUCUCGUUAUGCCUAGAACCUUUAUUAUAGAUGUAGGUAUACAAGACAAAUUAAAAGAACUGCAUAAGAGAACAAAAGGUGAAUACGAUGAAGAAGAAGUUGAAGCCAUUAUGAAUGUUGAGCCAGUAAAUGAAGCAGUAGUAGAGCAUUGGAAAGAAAAAGCUG